UGGAACCGCGGGCCAGACCCCGAAGGACUGCGUGGCUCCCUGGACAACCCCAUGGUUUGUUGAAGUCGUGCUGUCCAUUUCCCCAGACCCAGGAUUGCGAUCCAUACAACACCAGGGCCAACUCUCCAACGGCUGUCUAAUUUCCCGGCGUUUUCAGCACGGUAAUUUGUAUCACUCACGGCCGCAGACGCUUUUUUGAGUCUAAGAAAUCUUUUAAUUGUAUCGAUCGUUGUCGCUCGAUCGUCUCACGGACGAAGAGGGUAGUGUGGUUGCACCGCUUGACCCCGGAUCUUCGACCAGGCACCAGUGCCAGCUUUGUCCGCUAGCAGCUGAACCCCGAACCCCUCACGCUGCCUUACAUCAUCCGCGGGUUGCUUUUUAACUCAACAGCUCCAAAUCCCUCGCUCCAACACUCCAUUUGUCGAGCGAUCCCCAUUCUUUGUUCAUCGUUGUCCUGCAGCUCAUUCAUCAUGCGCCUCUCCACAUCCCUCGCCCUGGCGCUCCCAGUGCUCGGCGUCUCGGCCGAGGGCGCCUUUGACCAGUACAAGGCCAAGUUCCAGAACUUCAUGGGCCAAUUCGGCGCCACCGUUCCGGGCUCCGCCCCAGCGGCCGAGACGGUGCAGCCAGAAGAUGCCACGGCCGCACCCAAGGUAGCCGUUCCUGCAAAGCCUAUUCAAGUCUUCACUAUGGAGAACUGGAAGGACACGCUGUACGGACCGGUCAGGCCCGAGGCGCUGGAGCCCGAGGAGUGGUGGGUAAUGGUUACUGGCCGUAACAAGACCUGCUGGGGCCGAUGCGAACAGGCCGAGGCUGCGUGGAACGAUACGGCACCCAAGAUUGCCGCCCUUGAAAAGUCGCCGCACCUUGGCUUCCUUAACUGCGAGGACAACGCACUGCUGUGCACCGUGUGGUCGUGCUCGGCGCCGUCCAUCUGGACCUUCAAGAUGCUGCCGGCCCCCGCCCCUGUCGAGAUCGUCAUCAAGCGUCUGUCCCAUAACACCACCACUCCCCAGACCAUCAUGGACCUCUAUGAGGAGGGAUACGUCAAGGGCAACAAGGAGGACUGGAAGGUGAACGAGAGCGUGUUCCACCCUUUCAACGGCAAGUUUGCCGAGUUUGGCCUCAGCGUCCCGUUCGCCUACGUCAUCUGGUUUUUCACCGUUGUGCCCAACUGGGCCGUGAUGCUGGUCGUGUCUUUUAUCAGCCGCAGCAUGAUGAACCGCCGUAUGCAACCGCCCCCUAAUGCGCAGGCUGCCCGUCGUGGCGCUGCUCCGGGAGAUGCCGCCGGCCCCAGGUAAGCCAUGCUACUCCGUGAUGAGCCUGUCACGUGGCGCCUGUGGCAUGUCUUUGGUGUGGCUGUGGGUGGUAUGGUUGAGCACCAUGUUCAUGUGAACGUUGGGGCGCAUGAGGUCGUCUGUGCGGCCGGCUAGGUGCUUCAUUUUAUAUUUUGGAUAUCAGAUUAAGGCGAGGCAACUCCGGCUGGAUUCGAGGGCGCGUGCAGGCCAGCUCGGCGUCUCGUUGCCUAGGAUGCCUCUAUAGGCGGGUUUCUUUGUCUGCUAGGCACUUGGUUAUAGGUUAUUGGCCGAUUAGGACAUUUGUACUGUUGCGAGCGGAA